AUGUUUGGCCCAGAGUGGGAGAAGUACGCAGAGGGUUACUUCAGUGACGGAUUUUAUGAGAUGAACGUGAUAGCGACGAAUGAUAUGGAUGAGAUCUAUGAGGAUCCUGAGUAUGGUGAAAUGGGAGAAUUGGAGAAGUUAUCGACUAAGGUUGAUGAGAGUGAGGACACGGAUGAUACGGCAGCGAGUGUGGAGGCAGCAGUGAAGCAGAAAGAGGAGAUAGUCGCCAUGGAGGCAGCAGCAGUGAAUGGUGGAGAUGGAGUUGGUGUCAACACUUUUGCAGCAGCGAUCGUGGUUGAAGAUGAAGCAGUAAAUGAGAAGUAUAUGGGAGUUGAAGCUGUGAAAGGGGACAUCCUGGUGAAGGGAUCAAAGGAGAAAGCAACUGCAAAGGGGCGAGUGCUUACGAAGGAGGAACACGUUGAGGGGUACGAGACCCGAGAGGUGUUGGGUGUUAAGAUGCCGAGGAGAAGUGAGAGGCUUAAGAAAAUGUCUCAAGGUUUGGACGUCAAGGAGAGGUUCAAGAAAGAGUUUCUAGACAGCCCGCGCUGCCUGCGCCUUCGAACAGCAGCCAAUCGCCUCGAGCCGUGGCUGUACGACCCUCAAACUGCCCGCUGGACCCAGUUGGCCAACCUCAUCAUUCCCCGCAGCUUUUUUGGCUCCUGGGCUGCCCGUGGAAAAAUAAUAGUGGCAGGAGGCAAUGCAGCAGAGCUCGAGGAGAUCAAAUCAGCUGAAGUCUAUCAACCAGAGACUGACACGUGGCAGUCCAUCCCACCAUUGCCUUUGGCGUUUUCCAGCUUUGGGGCGGCGAGUUAUGGAGGGACCCUCUUCCUGACGGAAGGGUGGCAGUGGCCGUUUCACUUCUCGCCCCGUGGGUAUUCCUGUCCCCUUUAUAAGCUCAUUCAGGAAGAGGAAGGGGAAGGGCUUACAAGGCAAAGGAGACACGGGGGUGCUUUGAUUGGCCGGGGGCUGGGAGAAGGAGAAAACCUUGGACCCGAGGGCCUGGGGGAGGGACAGGGCGGGGCGGAGGGACAAGGCGUGGGGCAAGGCGUGGGGCAAGGCGUGGGGCAAGGCGUGGGGCAAGGCGUGGGGCAAGGCGUGGGGCAAGGCGUGGGGCGGAGUGGACUUGCAGCAGUGUGGGAGCCGAUGCCAGAGGGCAUGGCGGAGGGAUGGACAGGAGUGAGUGCUGUGGUGCAUGACACGCUUGUCACUCUCGUGCAGGAGGGGAAGACCCGCAGCCUUUUUUCCUACUGCCCGGAAAUCGACAAGUGGCAGCAGGUCAUUGGCCCUCCUUUGCCGCUCUUCCUACACCCACCUCUGCGCAUGGCUGUGUGUGGUAACAGUUGUCUUUUUGUGCCUCCGCCGUCCAUCUCCAUCACCAACCGCACUCUCCACCCACGCUCCACUGCCCAUUCCGCAUCACUCGCUACCAUCCCAAAGAAACCACAUCAACACCACUCCAUCAUGGGUGCUACUGACGCCGCUACCCAGCAGUCCGUUGCCGUUUCCACCUCGGCAUCCGAGCCUUGGGAAGAUGCGAUGCGGGCUGAGCUUGCCGCGUGGUUCCAAAAUUUCGACUGGGUCGACGAGACGCCGUUAAUGACGGUUUCCGUCGGAUCUAACGCCCUCUGUCAACUCGACGGAGUCGCGACCGUCGGCCUUCCCCCGGACACGGUCUUCUCCAUAGUAUGCGACCCGCAAAACAGCCGCGUAUUCAGGAACAUUAAGUCUGUUAAGAACGAGCGGGUGAUAAGUGACAAUAACGGGGUGAAGGAGCUCGAGAUGGACAUGAUAUUCGCCUUCCAACUGCCAUUCUUUACAGGCACAUUCGACGCGCACAUGCGCAUGGUGCACGAUCGCCCGAACCGCAAAAUGUCCUUCGAACUAGCGCGCCCCGGCCUCAUGCGCAAGUUCGAGGGCUUCUGGCAGGUCGAGCCGCUCGUUGUCCCCGCUUCCGCCACUUCCGCCUCCGCCGCCUCCGCCCCCUCCACCAUUUCCGCAACUUCCUCCGCUUCCGCCGAUUCCGACACCGCUUCCGCUCCGCCCUCCCCGCUCUCCGAUACCUUCCAUCCGGCCAGCGACUGGGACAGCAGCAGCGCCUGCAGCAGCCCGGAGCGCGAUGUCGCCGCAGAUUCCGCCGCAGAUCUCGCUGCGAAGACGACGAAGACGAGCGCGACGACCCCGUCCGACGGCGCGCGCGUGGCGUCGCGGCUCGUGCUGCAUCAGGUGGUGCAGCCGUCCGUCGCGCCGCCCGACCUUUUCAAGCGGUGCAUUCACAUCGUUCUGCAGAUGGCUACUAAAGACGUCCUUAAAGUGUUCCAGCGCGAAGCCGCAACGAUUAGGAACAGCAACGGGCAGGAGCAGGAGACGCAGGGAGGAGAGGAGAAGAAAAAGAAGAAGCAAGGCGCUGACGUAAAGGCCGCGGCUGUUGCGGGGGGCGUGGCCGGCGCGGUGGCCGGCGCGGUUGCGGGAGCUGCUGCUGGCGUCGCUGUCGCGAAGAAUGCCGAUUCCAUCAGGCUCGCGUCGCGCGUGUGGGGGCUUGUUAAGGGCAAAGCUUAA